AUGGGGGAUGCAAGCACACUCAUGCCUAACGUUAAGGAUUUGACAACAGACACUUGUGAUUCAGCGUCGUCUGCAAGCCAGAAACAUCAUCAGGUUGUGCACAAUUUUAAUGGAUCUAAACAGCAUUUUCUCACGACACGGGACCAGGUGGGGAGGAGAGACUCGAGUGCAUCCUCAGUCCAGUUGCAUUCUUCCGUGCCACGGAUUGUACGCAAGAGCACACUGCCACAGCACGCAGAUGCAUCGUCACAAGAGGAUGCACACAAGCGUGAGGCCCCACAAGUGCGAUCUCUGUCCCUCAGAGUUCACCAGGCUGCACCACCUGAAGGUUCAGUUCGUCCAGAGCACACACCUUGCAGCGUCCAGAAGAUACACACCGACCAGAAGCCAUACAAGUGCAACCUUUGCCCUGUAGAGUUCGUCCGAAGCACGCACCUGCAGAGUCACAAGAAGACACACAUGGGCGUAAGGCCAUUCAAGUGCGACCUCUGUCCCUCUGAGUUCACCCAGCUGCACCACCUGAAGGACCACAUACGGAUUCAUACAGGUGAGAGGCCGUACAAAUGCGUCCUCUGUCUUGCAGAGUUCAGACACAGUACACACCUGCGACGUCACAAGAACACGCACACGGGUGAGAAGCCACACAAGUGCAAUCUCUGUCCUGCAGAGUUCACCCACCUGCAUCAGUGCAUGAGUUGA